CGCGCGGCGACUGACGAACCGGCUCUGCCCGGGGACCCCUCUCGCUUGCGCCCGGCACUGCACACAAUGGAGGGGCGGACACUCCAGCGCUUCAUGCUGUCUAACUAGUGUAGGAAAACGGCUCCAUUCACCGCCGCCGAAAUGAAGUACAAGAAUCUUAUGGCAAGGGCGUUAUAUGACAAUGUCCCCGAGUGUGCUGAGGAACUGGCCUUUCGCAAGGGAGACAUCCUGACCGUCACAGAGCAGAACACAGGGGAACUGGAAGGAUGGUGGCUGUGCUCCUUGCACGGUCAGCAAGGCAUUGUCCCAGGCAACCGGGUGAAGCUCCUGAUUGGCCCCAUGCAGGAGACCUCCUCUAGCCACGACCAGCCUGCAUCCGGACUAAUGCACCAGACCUUUGGCCAACAGAAGCUCUAACAAGUGCCAAACCCACAGGCUGCUCCUCACGACACCAUCUUCCAAGUACCACCUUCCUACCAAAGUCAGGGAAUUUACCAAGUACCCACUGGCCAUGGCAGCCAAGAACAGAGUGUAUAUCAAGUGCCACCAUCAGUACAGAGAAGCACUGGGAGGACCAAUGGUCCCCACUUAAGUAAAAAGGUGAGUAAGUGACUAAGUGGAUUUUUGUUCCAACUUCUUUUUCUUUUUUUCCCAUUGCACUUGGAGCAAUAGGAUGUUCCCAAAAUAAUAACUUGAAAGUGCAAAGAAGUAAAUAUACUGAGUGUCCUAGCUCAGGCACCAUUUUUGCAUCAUUUCACCAUUCAUCAGUCAGCAAAACUUUCCUGAGUUGCAAGUACCAGGUACUAUUGAUCCACAGCUGCUGUAAGUUCCUGUGUCAUUCUGGGUCAUACUGGAACAUUAAAUUGUUUCUUUCUGAUAGAUCUGCUGCUAGAUCCAGGUUCUGUGCUCACAUUGUUUCCAGUCUUUUCUGUUUCUUCUUUGAAUGGUACAAGACACCAAAUCCUGUACAAGCACAGUAAUGCAGCAAGGACCCUUCCUUGGCCAAAAACUGAAUCAUGACCCCAUUGGCUUGGCUGGACAAAGAGCCCACCAGAAGUAGAGAGAGAAAAGAAGCCGGGAGUAGGUCCUGCCUACCAAUUUGUUCUGUUGGCUCUUAUGGUUUGACUCACUGAAAAGACAUAGAUACACUUGAGUUUGAAAAGAAGCUGUCCUCCUAUCCUUAAAGUAAUUCCUAUGAUAAUGCCUAAGGCAGUGGGUGAUAAUAAGGAGCGUGGACAUGCAGGAAGGCAUCAGUGUUAAAAGAAUUUUAAAAAGUGGGGAGCUCUUCAUCACCCUGUGUAGUCCCAAAUACCAUAGCAAUUUGAGAUAAAUAGAAAUGCAUUAAUUGAAAAAUGAAUAUUGAAUGCCUCGUAUACUUCUGAUGCUUAUGAUACAGUGAUGAAUUCAAGAAUCAACAAAGCCCUGGGGAUGCUUACAUUGUAGUAGGGGAGACACAAGCGAACAUGACAAUGUCAGGUGGGGAUACGUGCUGGGAAGAAAUUAAUGUCAGUGGACUUCUAGGGGUCACGGCCAAAACCAAGAUGAUGCUUUUGUGAAUGUUACAAGGGAUGGAUUUUCUCUUUCAUUUACUAGCAAAUUCUAAUGACUCCUUCAAGGUUUGGUAGUAAGAAUGAGUCAAUUGAACAGAAUAAGAAAAUAUCUCAGAAUUACAGGAGGAAAGAUGCAGUUAGAUACCAGAAACAGCUUGUUGACUCUGACAGCACUAAGUACAGAUGUGCCUUGCCUGAAGAAAAUCUAAUACGAAGUCUAAAUUUACAAAUGCAUAUAAAUUAGGGAAUAUCCAUUUGCAUGAUAUUAGAAUCCUUUGUUUAAAAAAAAAAGGAAAAUAAAGAUUUAUUGUUGAAUUCCUUUAAAUAAAACCACUAAUGCAUUUUCAAA